AAUUUAAUGAGUGUUAUUUAUAGUAAAUUGUGCGUAAGGAUUGCUGAAGUCACGUGAUUAAUUUAAUUUCGGCGUUGGAUCGCCAUCUCUCGCUUGUAGUCGAAAACUAUUGAUAGACAUUAAUGAUUGAGCUUUUUCAGCUCCUUUUAGCGUUGUACCAUGUUGUACUCUAGAAUUAUAUAGCGAUAGCCUUGUUAAUUAAAUAGCAAUCAAAUUUCACAGACUCCUUCUUUAAUUUUUGUAUAUUUGGAUACACCUAUGUAGGGCACAGUUCGUAUAGUUGGUCAUGUCAGAAGUCACGUGGUUUUGUUUAUCCGACUACACGUUCUCGAUAAAUGGAAUAUAGUAGUCUGAUAGUAGUUGUGUGUAUAAGUCAUCAAGUUGAGUUGGCCAUUUGUGCUUUAGUGUUUUCUCUAGUUUUAUCUCUUGUGUUUCGGAUUUAUCGAAGUUGUUUUCAAAUCACCGAUCACAGUUUGUUAUUUGAAAAAUAUUUGUGCAGAAUAACAAUAACUAAUAUUAAUUCGACAACAAUAAAUAGAAUAAAUGCGUCCUAACAUAUAAGUUUAAUACUGUUUAAUGUUAUUUAAUUUGUUGAGGUUAUGUUGUAUUUAUUCGUUUGAAAAUAUAAUCGAAUAGUAAUGAAGAAAAUAGAUAAUAAAGUGACCUUUGAUCAGUGUACUACGUAGAAUUAAUAUUUACUGUGUAUUUAUACACUUGUUUUGUCAAAAAUAGUGAAUGUUGAGAUGUAAACAUAUGUUUAAAUCGUCAUGGCUAGUGCAAAACAUGAGGACAAAACUAUUUUGGAGGCAAAUACUGUUUUCUUACUAAUGAAAAAAGGUUUUCCUAUAUCUCGAAAUGUAAGAGCACAAUGGAUGCUUGAACACUUGGACACUGUAAUAAGUAUUCAGUGUCCAGGUUUGAAAAACAAAGAAGCAGCAGAAUUAGAAAUUGUAUCUGUGCUACCAAAAAGUAAACCUGAAUCUUGGUCUACUGAAACAAGUUACCAAUUUCUUUAUAAAGUGACCUCUACAACAUCAAUAAUAUUUUUAUCGCACAAAUACAGGAUAGUGUUUAAUUUAGAUUUAAGCCCAUCGCUUGCAACUGUAGAUAUACAACAUGGUGAAAUAGUUAUAGAUGAAGUAUAUGUAGCAACAAAACGUUUCUUGGAAGGCAUUAUCAGGCCUUUGACCAUACCAGGAAGUAGUAGGAAGAUGCAACCAGAAAUUUAUGUAACUAUAAUAGCUCAUACAUCUUUUUUCACAAGUCCAGCACAACAAGUUUUAGUACAAGGUUGGCUAGUGACUAUGAAGAAUGUUAAUCAACUUACAAAUUACAUAGAGAAACAACUUAAGGUAUUAGAAGAAAAGGUUGCAUCUGUAACUGCUACAGCUAGCCAACAAUUAGAAAAUUUAAGAGCUGAAAAUGAACGUUUGGUGGGAGGUCUUUUCGAAGAAAGUAAUACUUAUUUCAAUAAAAAAAGUAAUAAUUAUAUGGUCAAUACUUCGAUAAUUUCUCCGGAAUCAAGCUUUGUGAAUAUGAUUAGAUAUGGGAUGUUAGCGCUUACUCUUCUGCCAGAACACAGUUGCUCGCAUAUGAUAAUUGUGUCAGAUGGUAUAAUAGGAACUACUGAUGUUCAUGUACUCGAUUCUGUUAUACAGCAAUUACGCGCAACAACAGUUGCAUGCAGUUUUCUGCGUGUUGGAAGUACAUAUCAUCCACAUUGUGCUGAUGGUUUAGUUCCGAACCAAGACUUAUUAUAUUUCAUUGCUGGAGCUACUUUGGGUACCUAUAUGUCUUUUAUUCCAUAUGCUACAGAUUUAGAUGAAACAGAAAUAAAUAAUUACCAUACAAAUUUUUUGUUCUGGCAAUUAUAUCGUGACGAAGUUUACGAAGUUCUACCGUAUUAUCCAAACUGGUGUUCCAAAAAUUCAUUGUUUUAUGAACAAAAAUCUGCUCAACUUUUGCAAAAGAAGCAAAUUGAAGAAAAAGUUACUUGCACGUUAAGCAGUUUACUAUGUUGUCGCCUUCGAGAAGGAUAUUUAAUAAAACGUGCUAAUGUUAGAGAUGAAAUGCUUGAAAUUUGUUUCGUAUUGUUAUGGAAGUAUAGUGUUUUAUUAGAAUAUGUAGUAUUAUGCCCUUGGUCUACGAAAUCAUUGUCUGCAUCUAAUACGAUACAGUACACGAUUACUGUAGAAGCUCCUUACGAUUUUCUACACGACAUCACAUGUUUGUCAAAAAAACCAUUGCAAUCACAAUAUCGACAAGGUGUUGUAAAUCGGUUUUGGACAACCUUAACAUCUUUAACAGAAAGUGAUACCAUGCUUGCACAUUUUAGUUGGUUUCCAGAUUUUGGUUGGACUUGGUACAGUGUACCAGAUACCAUUAGGAGCGGCAUGCCAGUUUUCUAUUCGGCAGCUUAUCCUUCACCUAGUACAGUACAACUUAGUGACGCAGCGUGUCCACAAUUUGGUCAAAUAUGGCAACCCGUAGUGUCUUUAAAUCCUUUGCAGUGGGCACGAUGGAUGCAUACGCAAAGAGUGACAUUGAUUUUAUCACACGACAGACCAUUGCCGAAGCAUCUACAUCAAGCAAAUCAGAGUGGCCGUUUUCAAUGUGUUCAAAGUCGCCAAGCAGCCGCAGUUCUAUAUGCCAUGUUAAAAAAUUGGGCAACGUUCGUUCUCGUUGAAAAUCAUACAUAUGUACAAUUUAUAUACAGGGAAGCAGAGAAACCUCCUGUUUCGUUCUCAUUAAUUCGUAUCAAUUGUAAGGGUCUCUGCGUCAUCCUUAAUAUUGCAUUCGCAGCUGGCACGGAGGGGGUUGUACGACAUAAUGUCGUUGUCGACCUCCUAGAUCGGUUAUCUAAACUUAUUUUGCCAAAUAGACCAACAGGGCAAAGAGAAACCCUCUGUUGCACUAUUAUUCACAAAUCCCUAGAAAGGAUUUUAGUUAGAUAUGAACGAUUGCCCACUAAUUUAAAUUCAAUUGUAUUUCCCGAUGGAACUCAAACAAACUCAAUGAAAGUUACACCAAUUUUUGGAGGAAUUUUGACGACUAGCUUAUCUAGAUAUUUGUAUCAUAACCGAUGGCUUUGGCAUAUAAAGCGGCCAUUUGUGCAAACCAUUCCGGGAAUUACGUUGCCAAGAUUGAAUAUAACUGCAAUUGCAAGGAUACUUUCUACAAUUACAAAGAUACGUUUAGCCGAAGGUUUUAGUUUUACUUAUUCAGCGGCGGGUAUAUUAAACAUGGUUCUCGAAGUACAAAUGCAAGGAAUCGAUAAAACUAAUGCAUCGUAUCCGUGUAUUAUUCAAUAUAUCUUGUUUCCCCCGCAUGUUACAUCGAAUACAAUAUUAGAACGUGAGAGCGCGUCGGAUGAAGAUACUGAUGAAGGUAACGCUGAUGGCGAAAUAAGCAUGGAUGACUUUGAAAGUUCCGGCGAUUUUCAAAUUAUUUCUGAAAUUUGGAUCGAACCUCAGUGUGGUUUUGUACAGCUGCCUGUACAAUCAGCGGCAUCUUAUAUGCAUCUUUUGCAAUAUCAUGAGCUUCCAGAUGCAAUUGCUCGAGUGGAUGAAGAAUGUAUCAACGCAUUAUUGACUUUGGAGUAUCUGAGUUUGUUGAAUCAAGCAGUUCCAAAUGAAAAAAGUAACGAAAUUAUUUACGGUCAAGCUCAUCAAACGAAACUAUCGAAAAAGAAUAUCAGAAAUAUAAAAAACAGCGGUUCUAAUGUCGAUGAAGUGUUUGAUGGUCUACCAUCCAUCGAUGAACGAAUACGUUUAAUGCAUUUUGUUUUUGAUACGUUAAACAUUUUACCAAAAUGUCAACAGGCCGAACUUCUAUUCUCUAUGUUUGUGGAUGGAGGCGGACGUGCAAAUAAGAUACUCAUGGAUAAUUUUCUAGAGCAUAUAAAACAGUUGCAUAAUAAAGAACUUCUUCUAACAUCAGCCGAAUCGCAAAAGUUCACAAGAAUGCUCCUUAAUAGACGCAGAGAUGGAGGUCCACGUUUACCAUUUUUCUCUCAAAAAGAAAAACACUUCUACAGUAAUGAACAAAACGUCUAUCCACGUUGGAAGUGUUUCGUAAAAGGAAUUAGUACUACUCAUGUGAUUAUUACAGUUCUACCUGCUUCAGAAAAAGAUGUACGAUUAUUUACUUUACCCAUGUAUGCGGAAGAAUUCUACGCGAGUAACAAUUCUGAGAAGAAUUACACACCUGAAAGUAACGAAUCGGAAGGAAGUCUGAUUAUCCCUGUUUAUAUGUACGACUGUUCACUGGCGUUGUUAAUCGAUACAUUAACUGAUAAGUUGAAAAUGUCACAUCACAAAGACAUUUAUCAAGAUCAUACGUUUAGAACUGGCCAUCAGGAAUGUAAGGAUUUCACAGAACUAAAAAUUGGCUAUAACUCAAAACCUUCGUCCCCGGAACCAAAGAGUGAAGAUUCUGAUAACAGCACAAGCGAUCAACGAAGUCUCACGGAACAUUGCAAACUAUUGACCUUGGCUCACUGUCAUUGUUAUGUUGUUGCUGUAUAUAAAUCAUUAGUAUUGCAACAGCCCCUUAGUUACGAAGAUAUGGAAGCCGCCGUGGAACAAUGCGAGGAAAGUCUAAUUGAAAUUAAUAUAACGAAAUAUCUGCAAUGCGUAUGCAGACAUUUGAGCAAAUUAUCAGAUGAAGAUGUAUUCGAUCAAUUGGAUAUGUCUGCGUGUAAAGAUGUUAAGCCGAUCCACGAUUUAAUUAGGGAGAAGUUUGAGAAAAUAAUGACUGUUGCAUUUAGGCCAGUACCCGCACACCCUGAAUUUUAUUAUUGUUCGCCUUCUUGGAUAGUCAGUAAAAUGGACCUUGUAGGUUUUCAAAAAUCAGACAGCGACGAUGAAAUAGGGAAUCUUCUCUUUCAUUCACUGAGUCAUGAUAGCGCACUAUAUAAUUCUUGCAAAAAAGUUCAAUCAGGAAAUAUGACAUGGCCAUCCAGAAAUAACCAUAAUGUGCCAAAGACUUUAAGUCAUGAUUCUACGGAGUCUCUCAUCAGCGAUUUACAAGAGGAAAAUAUUUACGAGAGAGAGCAACCUCUCUUCUUGCAAUUAAGUUGCUCUAUUCAAUCUCAAUCUAAAUCCGGCCUUAGUAGCGUUCCAGUAAAAUCCCUCCCUACCUGUUUCAUGGAAAUUGUUCAAAAAAUGGAAGAUUACAAAGAGAGUGGUAUAACUGAUUUUUUUAAUCCAGCAAAUUUGAAAAUCACCUUGGAUAUCAUUUGUUUAAGUCUUCCAAGGGAAGUAUUAGAAAUAAGCUUAGAACGUUACUCUGGUUUAAGAACAACAUCUUUCUCUAGUGGUUCGCCCGCUGGUAGUUUGCGAACAGAAAGUGGAAGUAGUUCAGAAAACAAUGCUAGAAGCGAAUUUUUUCAAGAAAAAAUGUCUCAUCUUCCUUUAAAUCAACACAGCGCGAUAAGUAAUUUAAGAGAUGAAAUCAAAUGGCUUUUGCAAGACGAAACUACGACUGCGUUAUUGGAUCUACCCUCGAUAAAUGAAGAAAUUUUGAUGUUUGUGGCAAAUCACGUUUCGGAAUCGACAGAUAGAUUUAGCUGCAAAUUAGAGAAAGUGCCGCUGCAUUUUGUUUUUCCUUCGGAGGAUAGUAAACCCAAGUUUUUAAAUGAAUUGAAGAAACUUGAAAUUGACAAGUAUUGUAUUAAAGAAGAGGGUAACUUAUUUUAUUUUGUAAAGAACAUGGAACGUAUAUCGUCCGAUACGAUACAGAAAACUUACGGGGAUGAUAAAGAAGAACUGAAAGUGGAACAUGUGCAAUGUAAUACUGUAGAAAGUACAGAGCAGUUACACGAAAUUGAUAUGAAUUGUGACGGUACCAAGAAAAGUUGUAAAACUCAUCUCAGAUUUGAAAAUUAUGACUCUGAGCUGGAAGAAAAAUCAGACGUGGAUAACGAAUACGAAGGGAACAGUGAUUCUGAUGGAGGGUUUAAAUGGUUGAUAGAUCUUGAUAAUCGGCCAAGUUGUUUACCAAACUUCUGGCUAAUCUUGAAAGUGGAAAGUGAUUAUGUUAAUGUUUAUUUUCACUGUAGGUUUCUGGAAAUUCCAUCUGUAGAGGUAGAUAGUUACUGGCAUACUCAAAAAACAUUGAUCUCUAAAAUAAAGAGCACCUGUCGCCGAGUAAACCAAUAUUUGCUGUUACAAAAUCUGUACAAAACGAGUAAAUGUUCUGAGCUUCUAGAAACAGAAACGAGUGAAGACUAUAAUUGGAGAACGGAAACGGCAAAUGAGUUCAGCAAUACUAUACAAAAUAGAGAUUCGAUAGAAAAUUUCACUCCAGGAAUGUUUCGUUGUCGCGUAGUUUGGGAAUUUACAUUCAGGCUUCAUCCUCGUUUGAAAACCGGGCCUGGAAGAUCAGGACUUUCGCGAGGUAUAAAAGCUCUACACGGGGUGCUCGAUAGAUUCGCCGUGACUAACCGAAGUAACAUGUUCGUGUAUCAAGAAAAUAAUAAAAACGUAUUUUACCUAAGACUCCACGAACAAAUAAAUGAUGGUAAACCAUUACAAAAUAAACUAUCGGAUAGCGACGAGAAACUUGUCGUUUCCCGGAGUAACAGUGUAGUUUCACUGUCGCAAACAAAAUUGAACGACAAUGUUACCACGGCAGAUACGAGGCCUAGAGUUCGGUCCUUCAGCGAAAAAGAGUCAAACGUCCUAAACAAAACCGAGGAUUCGAUUGCCUUAAUGGUACAUGGAAUUUCCGACGCAGGACCAGAAGUUAAACGUGACUUGGUACAAGUUCUGCAAAAUCGUUUGGAUGACGCGGUACUCGAAGUUCUGACUGUUAUGUUAGCAAGAAAUCCAAUGUGCAAAUUAACUCCAGCCGACGUGCUUUUCAUCCAACCGCCAAAACCGCCGGAAAGCAUCAUACAAUUAUGCAUAGAGGAACAUUGUGUAUCAUACAUAACCGCUCUAGAAUUCUAUUUACGACAGAAUGUGCUUCAAUUCUUGUACAUACCAAAAUACACUGAUAACAGACCAGACUACCAUUUUCAAGAUUAUUCGCAACUUGAAGGAUCUACGAAAAGAGUAGCCGAAUCUGGUAUCUUCUUAUACAAUCAAAGUCAUUCUAGCGGGAGCAAAGGAAUCGCUUGUAUAGCAUUAGCAAUUACAGGCGAUGAGGGAGAGCCAAUUAAACCAUCGAAAAGUAAAUUACCAAAAUGCAAUUUUCCUGUGACAAUAAAACAGGAAGAUUUUGAGUACAUUGUCUCUACUUCACUUUACGAUAAAAGCUCAACGAAAUCGCUACCUCUGAUCGAGUUCAGAAUUUGGAAGCAAGGCAGAGUUAAUCUCGAAUCUCUGUUACAAAAAUUAUGCUCCGCGGUUAAGCAUGCUAUUUGGGAUUUAGUUACUGAAUACAAGUUCCUGUCAACUCCAUUAACAGAACCGUUAUUAAAAUGCAUUCCAGAGAUAGUUAUUGAAACCAAGGAAACUCAAACGCCAAGUAAAAUUGAGACAUUACAAAAAGUAGUGUCUGAUUUAACAAUUAAUCGAUUUGAGGCAGGUGAAGAGGGAAGAUUACACGAUAUAUAUUGCGUGACAUUAUCGCAAUGGUUUCGGUUUGCUUUGGAAAUUGGAGUUCCAUCAGUGAAAAAGCAUGAAAUACAUAUUAAUUAUAGGCAUGCUAUACCCGCUAUUGUCAGAGAAUUAGAAGCUCUCAUUCAAUGCCAAGCGCCGGAUACUUCUAGUAAAGCGUUUGUUUUGAAAGAUAAGCAACCCUUCAUCGAAAAAUUUCUUUCAAACGAAGAGUCCGCGACAAAUAAAUAUGAUUGUUGUGCUUUGGGAAACACAGACAAUUUAAGUCUACCUUUUUACGUGCCAUGUGAUUUCAAUAAAGACGAACAAGAAACCUGUACUAAGUGUAUAUUAAUUGCAAGAAACUUUUACCAAUGGAAAGCUUCCUCUAGCGAAGAAGCACAACCGGAAUUAACUGUUCUGAAAGAUCAGAAGGUAUUGCAGAAAUUCAAUCCUUUGAUUUUGGAAUCGACUUUUGUAUCAAGGCAACGAUUAUUACUCGCUGAAAUUCGAAAUGAUAAGAUAACCCUCUACAUGUAUAACUGGUCGAAAGAAAAAUCUGAAAAGUUGAUUAAACAGACUACCAGUCUGGGAACCUGGCUUUCAUCGAGAUCAAAUUUUUUUGUAAACGUGGUAAUGCAAAAAGUAGGAAUAUUUCAUCAUCGACCGCAUGCGUUAAGGGAACAAACGAAACCUCAAUAUUUCCAAAUUAUGGAUAUGGAAAGUCUUGUCAAAUUUUCUUCUAUACCACACAACGAUGAGAAAGAUUGGCCAAGAUCUAAUAGUAGAGUACAAAGUAUGAAGCAUAAUCAAUUUUCAUGGAACGAAGUUAUUGGUCAAACAAUGCGUGAUGUAAAAUCAAAUAGUUACUGCAAUAGUAACGUCGAUGCAAUUGCAAAGGCAGUAUAUGACUUACAAGAUUUACGGUGUCACGAGAAAAAAAUGAAAGAUGACUUAAGUAAAUUAUAUGCAAUGUGGCAAAAUCGUAGCGCUACACCGAGCAUUCCAAUUUCAAUCAAUGCUUUAAGUAUGUCCAAACAGCAUUCUCGUUUGAUACAUUUUUGUCACACACCUCUGUUAUUCUUGCCUUCCUGGCGUUUACAAUCUGCGGCAACGAGAGACCAUUCGUUAACGGCACACCAACACUUAUCACAAGUGCAAAUAAACCGAACCGGACAGACAAAUAUUGUAAAGUGGCAUCAAGAAUUAUGCAAUUUGAUGUUAUCCGAGUACAAACAAUAUCUACAAAUAUUAGGGUUUAAUCCAGUUCAAGUGGAACCUCGUGAUAAAAGUUUUAAAGGACAAAUCCAACAAGAAUCUUAUUAUCUUAAAAAGUCUAUGUUGGGAGGAGUACUGCUAUUUGAAAUUUAUUUAUCGCAACCAUUCUUUAUCGUUAAAUUACAUGUUAUUGAAUGCAGUCGCCUACAAACAAAAACUAGUAGUGCUCUAGUCAACCAGUUUCUCCUAAGUUUUGUGGAUGCGUGUGACAAAAUUAAAAUUAAUAUGCAUCUACACUCGUUUACAUAUGACUUUCAUUUACGGUGUAUACACGCAUACAUUGCUGGAAACGAGCCUUGGUCGUUACAUCAAGGCUAUCAUCUUAUUCAUUUUCUUGAUGAUUUUAAUAAAUAUUAUAGUAAAGCACCAAAUUAUGCUAGAAAUCUCAUCUAUAGUGAUGUAGUGACGAUUCGUAAUUUGACCAUUCCGGGUCGUACAUUGUAUUCUUAUUUAUUAUCCCAUGACAAGAUAUACAAUAUGCACGUACUUUUAAUGAAAAGUGAUCGGCAGGAUUCCGAGGAGAGUGAAUACGUUUUAGUAAACAUAAAGAGUACGUCUUCGAUUAGUUACUGUGAUGCACAAGAUACAAGAUAUACCGAUGAUUUUGAUGUGGCUUUGAUCGUAUCACAUUUAGAACAAUCUCCACAAACAGAGAAAACAGAGAUUACUUUGAAAUACUAUUUAAUGCUGACGAGUAAAAGGGAAUUAUAUCCAAAGAGUGAAGUAGAAAAUAAUAAACUUGGAAAGUUCCGAACAGUGUACAGUAUUGAGAAGCCUAUACUAAACACUUGUACAGAAUCAGAAUCUGUUAUGGAAAUUUUCGAAAAAGGUAUUGCAAAAGAAUUUUCCACGGAAUUUGAAGAGCAUGGUCAAGAAUUGAAAGACAAGAAAAAUGAUUCUAAAAUUCCCAGUCUUAAUUCCCAAACUAAUUGUAAUAGCACAAGUGCACCAACACCUCCACCUGUACCGAAUUCUCCAUUGACACAAAAUGCGAAUCUUCCAAGCGCAUCAGUAAAUUCAACAUCAUCACAUUUGAUUCAAAUACGACAAGAGUCGAUUAAUUAUUUGGGUUAUUAUUCAUCCCACGAACAACUGAUGCAACAAACGAUAAUGUCUCAAGCAGACGCAGCUCGAUUGCAUAUAUUGAAUAUGGUGGAUCGGGGAGCUUUACAAUGCAAAACGCAUCUGUUAUGGAAUAAAUUAUUGGAAAGUAAGUCAGCCAUGAAUUAUACGGAGUUUUCCGAACUUUGCUCCUUGGCUCAUAUAGAAUCUUUAUCGAAUUUGGAUCCAAGACUUGGACCAUUUCUUAACCAGCCACUUUCCUGGUAUCAAACUUUAUCGAAAGUUCUACAAAAUAAAUACCAGGAACAUCAUAAACAGUUUAAUACGUCAGAUGGAAAUAUUACUCAUCUUCUUAUUUUACAUCCGAGCUUCUUUCAAGUUUUUAUGAUGCUGACUAUAAAUCUUCAUGCUUCGAAAGGGGAUUUGUAUGCAGUUUAUUGUAAAUCGAAAGAAGUAAUUAAUACUCUAUGCUGUAUAGAAGAUAUUUACACGUUAAUUGAAGGUUUUGUAAAUGCUUGUUGUUUUCACUUAUGGACAAGCCUUUAUAAUUAAUAAUAAUUACGAAUUCUAGAGGAAAAAAAUUCAAAAUAUGUUUACUUAUGUACUCAUCCAACAGAAGACAUAAAACUAGGAUUAUGUUAUAUAUUUUUGGACCUAAAUUAUACUUAACCUCGUUAUUUUAUAUUGAUCAGUCUCAACAUGUAUUUCUAUUAUACAUUAUUUCUAAAAAGAAGUAUAUAUAUUUUCGUGUUACAAAAAUGAGUAAUCAUCCUUUAUUCACUUCAUCACAUACCAUUACUAUUGUAUAGUUAAAGAUUUCUCUUGCUUCUAAUCUUAUAAAAGAGUAACAAUAAAGAAAUCAUAUACAGACAGUA